CAUCAAAAUUUCAAAAUGGCGCAAGAUUUUAACCGAAGUGCAUUGACAGUCUCUCACAACCGGGCGUGCUACACGGGUCAACGAUCGACGAGAAUACCUCGAGGAUUGAUAAAAAUAGUGGGAGUAAACUGUGUAAGCCUCGAUCUGUCUUAUAAUGAGCUGACAUCAAUAUCAGCUCUUAAAGAGUGUCUCUGUCUUGAGGAAUUAAUUUUAGACAACAAUAAACUUUAUGAUUUAAUUACUUUGCCGGUAAUGGAAGCAUUGACAACAAUUAGCUUGAAUAAUAACAAGCUGAUGGACAUAGACUUAGCGCUGGAAAGAAUCAGCAGCUGCUGUCCAAAAGUGAAGCACGUGAGUCUGUUGGGGAAUCCGGGUUACCCCGAUCAGCUCACAGAUCCUGUCAACAAUGACGACGCUGACUAUGACCGGUACAGGCUGUACGCAAUCCACAUCUUGCCGGAGUCUCUUCGCUUUCUCGAUUUUCGGCCGGUCACACCGCUAGAGAGAAAAGAUGCCAGCAAUCGAGGCCGGUUUAUGCGGACUAUUAAGCUUUCUAUCACGCCGUCGCCUUCGGCUCCGGCUCUUCACAGCAAUUUCAACAGGAAUCCUAAUUUUUGCGGUUUUUUUAAGGAAAAUGUUGAUGCUGGAGCUUCACAAGAGCGUAAGGAUAAUUAUUCCCCACUGCCUAGUACUACUAGGGGUCCUGAUGAUCAUAAAGGAGCUUAUGGAAAAUGUCGGUACCGAUAUUCAGGAAAAAAUUCAGAAGGAAAUCGUUUUAUAAUAAACAGUGAUUUAUAA